CUUUGUUUUGAGUGUGAAGUAAAGUGAGUAAAUCUUUGUACUAUAAAUCUACAAAAUGGACAAAAGGAAGAAAGCACCUGUUAUGGAACUGAGGCUUAUGGUAGUCGGCAGCAGUGGACCAUCUCAGCUCCUAUUGACUAAUGCCAUACUUGGGAGGGAAGAAUUUUCUAAGGAUGUCACUGGUAUUUCUGGCAGCAGGAAGAACAUUGGAGAGCUGGCUGGUAGACGAGUGGCUGUGAUCAAUGGACCAAACAUCUAUGAUAAGGACAUUUCUCAAGCUAAGAGGAAGACGGAGCUGAAAAGGUCCAAGUGCUUAAGCAUCCCUGGUCCCCAUGUGUUUCUUGUUGCAUUUGACAUGGAGAAAAUCUCCCCAAAUGACAUCAGGACCCCUAAACUAGUGAUGGAGCGCUUUGGGCGUAACUGUCUGGGCCAUUGCAUCGUCCUCCUGGCCUACGAUGGAAACCUGGAAGGAGCUGCUUUGGAUGACAAGGUGCUGAGGUCUGACUGGCACCUGAGAGAUCUGAUUGAAAAGUUUGGAGGACAGUUCCAUGUUUUCAGCAAGAACUGGAGGGACCGCAGCCGGGACAGAGAGCUGCUGCAGAAGAUCGAGUGGUUGGUCGCCUCCACCGGGGGGAGCUACUUCUCCAGCAGAACUUUCCAAAAGGCGGAGGACAGUGUGAGGAAGGAGGAGAAGAGGCUCAAGAAGCAGAGGGAGGCAGAGAUGGAGAAGGCGUGCAAGGACCUGGAGAAACAAUACAGAGGGGAGGAGCUGCGUCGCCAGAGAGACGCCUACAGCUCCAGUGUUGGGGAGGAGCUCAGAGCCAAGGCUGAGAUGGACAAUAGCUGGCUCAGAACGUCCCUGGCCAGAGGGCUGGGGACAGGCUUUGCUGCGGGAGCCAUCAUGGGCGCACUGGUGGGGUCUGUAGAGGGGCCAGGGGGAAUGGUUCUCUAUGGGAUAUUAGGUGGUGCUGUAGGAGGAGCCGCAGGGGGAGCAGCCCAGGUAGCCAUUGAGCAUAUGGAGGACAGAGUCGCUCCUCCUGCCAGACUCAACUUCAACUCAAUUUUCAUUAACCGCUUCUUCACCACACAUCGUCCAUGA